AUGGGGAGAGGAUCUGGUUGGCUGCGAGGGGCAGGGUGGAGAGAGCGCGGAGGUGCGCCCUGGCCUACUGAGAACCCGCAAAAGCCCGUCGGGUGCAGGAAAGUCCCCAGCAGUUCCCCGCUCUGCCUGGCAUUGCGUUCCGGGCCCUUUGCCGCCGCCCGUGACAGCAUUGAGCUGCGGCGCGGCGCCUCCGUGCGCACCACGGGCGAGGAGCUGUGCAACGGCUACGGGCUCUGGGUGAAACUGACCAAGGAGCAGCUGGCAGAACACCUGGGUGACUGCGGACUGGACGAAGGUUGGCUGCUGGUGUGCCGGCCGGCGGAGGGGGGGGCCCGCCUGGUGCCCAUCGACACUCCGGACCACCUGCAGCGACAGCAGCAGCUCUUUGGUGUGGACUACCGGCCUGUGCUCAGAUGGGAACAGGUGGUGGACCUGACAUAUUCGCAUCGCCUGGGGUCUAGGCCUCAGCCAGCCGAAGCAUACACAGAUGCUGUACAAAGGCUACUCUAUGUGCCCCCAACGUGGACCUACGAAUGUGAUGAGGACCUGAUUCACUUCUUGUAUGACCACCUGGGCAAGGAGGAUGAGAACCUGGGUAGCGUGAAGCAGUACGUGGAGAGCAUAGACGUUUCCUCCUACACGGAGGAGUUCAAUGUGUCUUGCCUGACAGACAGCAAUGCAGAUACCUACUGGGAGAGCGAUGGGUCCCAGUGCCAGCACUGGGUACGACUUACUAUGAAAAAGGGCACCAUUGUCAAGAAGCUGCUACUCACAGUGGAUACCACAGAUGACAACUUUAUGCCUAAGCGGGUGGUGGUCUAUGGGGGCGAAGGGGACAACCUGAAGAAGCUGAGUGACGUGAGCAUUGACGAGACCCUGAUCGGGGAUGUCUGUGUCUUGGAGGACAUGACGGUCCACCUCCCAAUCAUCGAGAUCCGCAUCGUGGAGUGCCGAGAUGAUGGGAUUGAUGUUCGUCUUCGAGGGGUCAAGAUCAAGUCAUCUAGACAGCGGGAACUUGGGUUGAAUGCAGACCUUUUCCAGCCGGCCAGUCUGGUGCGGUAUCCACGCCUGGAAGGCACUGACCCAGAAGUACUGUACCGCAGAGCUGUCCUCCUGCAGAGAUUCAUCAAGAUUCUAGACAGUGUCCUGCAUCACCUGGUACCUGCAUGGGACCACACACUGGGCACCUUCAGUGAGAUUAAGCAAGUGAAGCAGUUCCUACUGCUAUCACGCCAGCGGCCCAGCCUGGUGGCCCAGUGCCUGCGAGACUCAGAGAGCAGCAAGCCCAGCUUCAUGCCACGCCUGUACAUCAACCGACGCCUUGCCAUGGAACACCGUGCCUGCCCCUCUCGGGACCCUGCCUGCAAGAAUGCAGUCUUCACCCAGGUUUAUGAAGGCCUCAAGCCCUCUGACAAGUAUGAAAAGCCCCUGGAUUACAGGUGGCCCAUGCGCUAUGACCAGUGGUGGGAGUGUAAAUUCAUUGCAGAAGGCAUCAUUGACCAAGGGGGUGGUUUCCGGGAUAGCCUGGCAGAUAUGUCAGAAGAGCUAUGCCCCGGCUCAGCGGACACACCUGUGCCUCUGCCCUUCUUUGUACGCACAGCCAACCAGGGCAAUGGCACUGGUGAGGCCCGCGACAUGUAUGUGCCCAACCCCUCCUGCCGAGACUUUGCCAAGUAUGAGUGGAUCGGACAGCUGAUGGGGGCUGCCCUGCGGGGUAAAGAGUUCCUGGUCCUAGCUCUGCCUGGUUUUGUGUGGAAGCAGCUCUCCGGUGAGGAGGUGAGCUGGAGCAAGGACUUCCCAGCUGUGGACUCUGUGCUGGUGAAGCUCCUGGAAGUGAUGGAAGGCAUGGACAAGGAGACAUUUGAGUUCAAGUUCGGGAAGGAGCUGACGUUCACCACUGUGCUCAGUGAUCAGCAGGUGGUGGAGCUGAUUCCUGGGGGCACAGGCAUCACAGUGGGAUAUGAAGACCGUUCUCGUUUCAUCCAGCUAGUACAGAAGGCUCGGCUAGAAGAGAGCAAGGAGCAGGUGGCAGCCAUGCAGGCAGGUCUGCUGAAGGUAGUACCACAGGCUGUGCUAGAUUUGCUGACCUGGCAAGAGUUGGAGAAGAAGGUGUGUGGGGACCCAGAGGUCACUGUGGAUGCUCUGCGCAAACUCACCCGGUUUGAGGACUUCGAGCCUUCUGACACACGGGUGCAGUAUUUCUGGGAGGCCCUGAACAAUUUCACCAAUGAGGACCGCAGCCGCUUCCUGCGUUUUGUCACAGGCCGCAGCCGUCUACCAGCUCGGAUCUACAUCUACCCAGACAAGCUGGGCUACGAGACCACAGAUGCACUGCCUGAGUCUUCCACCUGCUCCAGCACCCUCUUCCUACCCCACUAUGUCAGCGCCAAGGUAUGCGAAGAGAAACUCCGCUAUGCCGCUUACAACUGUGUGGCCAUCGACACUGACAUGAGCCCCUGGGAAGAGUGAGGCAGUCCCUGUACAGGCCCCGCCGCCCUUGUCCAGGCGAAUACACCACACUUUCCCUGCCCGGUUCGGGUUUGUGCUCCUCACCAGAGCUGACACGUCUGGGAAAUUUGCAGUGUGCCCUGCUCCUGUUUGUGGCUGGGGUACGUACGGGUGGUGGUUCAGAUCCAUGGACCCACAAGCCCUACUCAUGCUGGGCCUUGCUUCCUGGGGUAUUUAGUCUCUGCCAGAGGGAAUCUUCCACAAGCCCAGCACAAGCUGCCAGGCCUGAGCCGCUUGAAGGGAAUUUACUUCCUUUCUCAAUUCCACCUAUAUUCUUUUUCUUUUCCGGCUUCCACCAUGGCUUGAAAUUUUUAAACUUUGGAAGAUAGUGUACUCCCCUUUCCCAAAUAAGCAGCAAAUAGGGAGUAAUGCUCAUCUGCCUUGGUCACAUAGCCCAAGAAUGAAGCCACAGCAGAAUAUCUGUUCCCUCAGAUACUCGUCUCUUCUUCCUCUCCCUCCAUACUGGAGGUGUGAGCUUUUUCCUUCCUCCAACCUAGUCUCAACUUAGAAGGUACCACCACCUUUCCUGCCUCAGAACCUACAUCCAUUCAACGUUACAUCAUCACAGCCACCCCAUAUCCGUCACUUCUGCAUCACCUCCAGACUGAUUCCCCAUCUGCUAUUUCAUCCUUAAGAUUUGCACAGAUUAAGGACAAUUAUGUCCUCUCCAAAAUCUUCACUGGCUUCCCUUUCCCUACUCUAAAACCUAGACUUUAAAUUUGCUUCUAGGGCUAUGCACACCCCUGUGUGAGCCCUCCUACCCUUGAGGGCCUCUGUAAUACUCUUCAAAAGAUUCGUACGUGGGAAAUUGAAUAAAUGG